UCCAUCUCCGCUCACCAAGAGAGGAAGAAAACCUCUGCAAACUAUUUCCUCCAUAUCCAAAAACAUAGCUCGAGCAAUAGAGGUCCAAGGAGGAAGAUUAAAGAAGGAAAAAGUUACGAAUCAUGUGAAGGAUUAAGGAGCUUAAGUAAAGUGUUUCUAGAGUUCGCCGGAGUUCAACCGAGGAGCGUAGAACACGCUAAAGCUCAUUUAAGUGAUUAUAAUUAUCUGUACAAAAAUUAAAGCAAAAACAGGUAAAUAUUCCUGAAUGAGCGGAAACAUGCAAUGCACCUUGGAACAGCAAAAAUAUGGUCAAAAGCAAAAAGGGGUCGAAAACCAGCACUUCUGGAUAAAUUUCGGGCAUCAAAAGAGAAAAAAGAAGCUAAAAACACAUUUGGGCGCAGGAACCGGCGCCGGUCAUCCUACAUCUGGCGUUGGUCGUUUGUUUUUUUCCCCAAAAGCGCCUGUUUCCAACCGGCGCGGAGCGACCGGUGCAUUUUUGCACACGACCGGCGCCGGACACCUUAUAACCGGCGCCGAUUGUCCCGAUUUCUGCUACAAACAUAGCUACGUGCAAAAGAUUUCUUGAUGGGAAACUUCAUCUUCUCCAUAUUUGAUCAGAUAUCUCCUCCACACCUGCUUGUUGGGCUUGAAUAGACUAAAAGAUGUCAUUCUGUAGCCUAUAUAAAGCCCUCAAUUCAUCAUACAAAUACAUUCCAUUCCAUAGAUUAAUUCUUAGCUUUUAUAUUUUUGUUCUUGGUAUUUUCUUCAAGUUCUUGAGGAGGGAAGUUCAUCCUCCGAAAUCAUUGGUGUUUAGGUAUUAUUUCCUUUGUAAUUUCAUGUUCCAUUACAUUUAUUAUUGUAUUGUGAUUAAUAUGAGCAUUAGAGGCUAAAUUCUUAGUUAAGGCUAGGGAUGAACUUCUAUGCUCACUAGGUGUUUGAUAAAAGUUCUAAACCAAUAAAUUGUGAUUUAUCCUUU